AUGGAGCAACGAUCCCUUCUUGACUGCCCCCAAGAGGUUCAGCUUAAGAUUGCUGGAUUUAUUUCACAGAAUGACUUGGCAAGCCUUUGCAUGACGAGUUCGUCCUUGCGCAAUGUUGCCCAGCCUCUGAUUUAUUCUACGAUCCAAUUAUUGUGGGUUCGAGAAUACCACCCGCCCAUCGUGCAGGCGCUUUGCUUUCUUCGAACGCUGCUUGAGAGACCAGAGCUUUGCAACCACGUCCGGAGCCUGGAAUUUGAUGGUGACGGUCACAUUGACUGUGACAACCCUCCAGAACCGGAUGAAACGCCGGAGCCACCCGACGUUCCCGUGCUUCCUCUCGAUCGCCUUGUCAAAAUUAUCAAGAGAACAGGCGUCUCACAAACCAGUGCAGAUAGCUGGAUCAGCAAAGUUCUCUACUCCGAAGCAUACACGUACUUGGACGUGCCGGAAAACCACCAGCUGCAUACAAUCAGUAAAGCUCAACAAGAAUGGGCUGACGGUACUAUGGCUCUUCUUCUGUCCCUUCUUCCAGGUCUAUCCAGAUUCUCUGCAUCUAUCAAUUGGUCUGGAGAGAUAAGCACGUUGGGUGCCGUGUUUCGACUGUCUCUCCGUCCGACAACCGGAGACCCUUCUCACUGCCCGUUUCCGAAUCUUCAGUCUUUGAAGGACGUGUCAGUUGCAUCAACCCUUGAAACAGAUCCAAACCUAGAUCCUGAAAACACCGCAGAAGCCCUUUCAAUAUUUUACCUACCAAACAUUCGGAAUCUUUCCGUCUCAAUUGAUAACCCAGUUCAUUUUACCUGGCCAGGCCUUUUACCUCCCAACCCAGCUUUCUUGACAUCGUUGGAGAUCCACAGGCUACGAGAAUGUCACCUUGCUCCCAUCUUAUCUGCGACAAAAGGCCUCAAAUGGCUGCGGUAUAACUGGUUCUAUCGCCCUGACCUUGACCAAGAUGUCAGCGCAGACACUGUUAUGCUUGAAACCAUGGCAAAAGCCUUCUUGGAGGUCAGCGAAACGCUUGAAGAGCUACAGAUCACUGCUCAAGUGCAACCUGCAUUAUCACAAGGCGAGUGUGAAAAGCCAGAAGUCACCAUUCAAGAAUCCCUGAUACAACUUUCACGGAUGAGUAGGCUGAAGACAUUGCAAGUUCCAUGGACAUUUCUGAUUGGGUCGGGUACCCUUUUCACAGCUAAGCAGAUCGGCCCUGCGCUUCCAGUCACCCUUCACCACUUGACCCUGACCCGUGAACUCAUGGAUGAUCAAGAGUCAGAGAACCAGGAUGAAGCAAUGGUUUUGGCCUUGGAAAGGGAGUUUGAAAAUGGUGUCCUUUCAAAUGCAACAUCAUUGAAAAGUAUCUACCUGCCUCGAUCGUUCUACCGGCGUGGGUGGUCUCAGGAAUGCCGAGAGAGAUUAGAAGUACUUGAGUGUCGAUCUGGUGUGAAUUUAACCUUCAACACAAGUCGAUCGACUAGCUAG